AUGGGAGACGUUUGCGAAGAAAUAUCAACGCAGCAAUCGACGUCAGAGUUGGGUGAGAAUCAAACAACCAAUAAAUCGAAAAUGAGACAGAAAUCAGAAAUUCAGUUGAAUAAGCGCUAUUCUUCACGACAUUCUCAUAUAGGAAAAGACACUACGAGAUCCGAAGCUGUUGAAAAUGCAACACAUGAAGUGGGUGAUAUUGAAGAAGAGUUGGAAUUUAAAUAUGGCACACAGCACGUUAUCCAUCUCUUUGUUCCGGUUUCUAUUUGCAUGGUGUUUGUUAUAUUCACGAUGAACACCGUUGGUUAUUACACUCACAAAGAUGGCCAAUAUUUAAUAUAUACUCCAUUUACUAAGGAAACUGACAGUACAAGUGAAAAGUUAAUGAUGUCCUUCGGAAACGCGUUUGUUAUUCUGGGAUUGGUGAUAACGAUGACUGUUUUAUUGAUUUUUCUUUACAAAUUCCGAUUUUAUCGAGUCAUCAGUGCAUGGUUGAUAUUGAGCAGUCUGAUAUUACUAUCUCUUUUUACAUUUAUGUACUUGCAAGAGGUUUUCAAGAGUUACAACAUACCGGUUGAUUACAUAUUGAUUUGUAUUUUUGUUUGGAAUUAUGGCGUAAUGGGAAUGAUUUGCAUACACUGGAAAGGCCCUUUAAGAAUGCAACAGGGCUACCUAAUAAUGAUGUCAGCACUGAUGGCGCUCAUUUUCAUCAAAUAUUUACCGGAAUGGACAGUGUGGACUGUUCUUGCCGUUAUUUCUGUUUGGGAUCUUAUCGCUGUACUUUGUCCAAAAGGACCAUUACGCAUACUUGUUGAAACUGCUCAGGAGCGAAAUGAGCCGAUAUUCCCAGCUCUUAUUUAUUCAUCUGGUUUGCUCUACGCAUAUACAUUGAUUGGCGCAGCUGUGAUGGAACAAGAUACUUCGCGAGUUCCAGGAGACGCUCAAUCGGAUUCCGGUAAUCCUGGAAGCUCAACCAGUUCAGCGGAAAGUUCACUGCCAUCAACAGCUGAGUUACUUCCGACGAAUGGUGCUAAUGAAAAGGGAGGGUUUUCACAGGGAAAGAUCAUACGGCGAUUUGCUCCGACGCGUGCUGCUAGUGGUACAGAUCAGGGUGUUGCAAAUGCUGGUUUGAACACGGAAGAACAAGUAAACAAUAACUUGAGAAAUGUCGAAAAAGAUCGGGCUGCUAUGUCAUUCAACAAAACUGGAGAAAGUAGUAGAACAAGGCUAAUCGUUGAUAAUGCUGAAGCGGAUCCAGGUAGCCCGCAGAAUCCAAGAUUCCUCAAUGAAAAAGGCAUCAAGCUUGGCCUAGGUGAUUUUAUCUUCUACAGCGUAUUGGUUGGAAAAGCAAGUAGUUACGGUGAUUGGAAUACAACGAUAGCUUGCUAUGUUGCAAUUCUCAUCGGUUUAUGCUUCACUCUAAUACUGUUGGCUGUAUUCCGUAAAGCACUACCAGCUCUUCCAAUUUCAAUCUUUUGCGGAUUAAUCUUUUACUUUUGUACACGUGGCAUUAUUACACCAUUUUGUACCACUUUGACUUUACAUCAUUUAAUAUAUUAA